AUUGAUUGCUGUGUGAGGUCUGGGAAUCGUCAUCUCUGGUGUAAGCUGUCGUGACUCGAAAGAAUUUAACAUUAGUCUGUUAUUGGGAGCUUAUUCAAAAUCAACAACUGUAAACGAUAAAUCUCCUUUGACAUGAAGUGAUAUACUUAAAAAAAUUGAAAAUGACAUCACUUGUUACUGAAGUGCUUCUUCAAGCUGGAAAAUUAGAUAAAGAAGAUCUUCAAACCAAAAUCUCAAAAUUAACAUUGGAAUCCAAUGAGUUGAAGGCCAAAGUCGACAAUUUUGUUAAAAAGAAAUAUCAUGAAUUUAACCCUUUAUUUAUGUCCUGUCAGACCCUUUUAAGUGAUAUUAGUUUGCAACAAGAGAAGGCAAAAGAUAUUCAAGGAACUCUGUCAGGAGUUGUUAAAACGCAACUUCAAGAUUCAACAAGUGAAUUCGAACGGCUUUCGGAUGAGCAUUCUCAAACUAGUGAAUUACUUUUUGCAAUGGAGAGAAUUUGUGAACUGAGUUCACUUUUUGAAAAAGUUAGUAAAAAUGAUGAUUUCGUUGAGUCUGCUUCUGCUUUACUAGAAAUUAAAGCUAUCCUAGAAGGCAUCAAGAAAACAUAUACGAGUGAUUUAGCAGUUUAUAAAUUUUUGGAUCAGCAUUUUAAACUUACCCUUGAAGGUGUAAGAUAUGACCUUGAUGAAAAAUGGAUGAGAGAUGUCAAAUGGAUUCUUCCUGGAAAAGACGAAACCACAGAAAACGCAGUUUUAAAUAUCCCUUUCUUUGAAAAGGUAUCAGAUCCAAAGUGUGAAAACUUUAAGAAUUUUCAGGAUUUCAUAUACGCAAUGUCCAUGCUUGGUAGGGUAAAUCAAAAGAUACAAAAAUUUUCAGAGUUGGUCAUGAAGUAUAUCUUUGUACCCUUGAUAAAUGACCAGGGCCUAAUUCCUGAUUUUGACUGCGAUGAGAAUGCGACUCAGACAUAUCGCAAAAUACAGCUUGUCAAAGCUUCCAGCCUUACAUCCGAUACAAAAUAUGCUACCAGCACUCCAGCCAAUCUUUUCAAAAAUGUGGUAAAGAUUUUGCAAUGUUUAAAUACCAAUUUGUUGCGAUUCAAAACUAAAAGCAAUGAUGAUAAAGACGUCAUGAUGUUGAUCUUCGGUAAAUACAUACGGGAUGAUCUAUUACAAAUGCUAAUAGACAAAUGUCUGGCUUUGACGAUACCAAAAAAUAUGGAAGAAUUAGAAAACUACAAAGUGGUAGAAGAUGUUGUUAAAAGCUUCGAGUCUGCCUUAAUGUCGAUCAAUUUUAUUCCGUAUAACGAAGAAGGACAAUCAGGUAGUCAACUCCUUGCUUACGUCACAAAUGUUAGUUCUCAUUUUGCCAAUCAAAGAUGUACUGAUAUCCUCCAACAAGCAAGAACUCUAAUGAAAAAGGAAAUUCAUAACACGCAACUUAUGAGUGAUAAAGAUUUUGGAGAUUUCUCUCGAAUUUUGAAACAAAGGAAAUCCACUUCAGAACUAGUAAAAAUGCCUGUCGGAACAGGAUUUAAUAGUCAUAGGCCCAAUAAAAAAUUAAGUGAUGAUACUUUACGCUUUCCAGAAUGUCACGUAAGCAUAUGUGCAAUUGAUCUCAUGAAGUUGGCAUAUAAAACAAUGCAAGAAGCUUCACAGUCUGACCCAGUUUGUGCUGUAAAAUUGGUCACUAUAACUCAGAAUAUCUUUGAUUUGUAUGGUACAGCAUAUCCAAUUUACCACGCUAAUUCGCUGGAAAAUCUUCCUCAGUUUUCUGCUAUAUUUUACAAUGAUUGCAUGUAUCUUGCCCACCAUUUAAUUACGUUUGGUCACCAGUUUUCAGUAACACCGAAUGCAAGUAAACUGCUUAGAGUGCUGACUUUUAUGGAUAAAGUUGUUGUGCUUCGUCGACUUGGUGCUGAAUGCUUUUUAAAACAAAUGUCGAGGCAGAAAGAUAUAAUGAUUCAAUGUCUUGAACCAUUUCUUACAUUCUCUGAACUGCGAGGUGCUGAUAAGUAUGAAAUUGGUGAGAAAGCUAUAAGGCAAAUUCUUGACUUGCUCAAUCAUUUGAAAAAAGUAUGGACUGAAGUUCUUCAGGCACAUAUUUUCAAACGUGCAUUAUGCACCCUUGUUAAUGCCUGCAUUGCUGAAUUAAUUUUGAUCAUUUGCACCAUGGAAGAUAUCUCUGCUGAUGAUUCAAUAUCACUAAAGCUCUACUGUCUUAUGCUUUCCGAUAAAAUUCCUAUGAUUUUCCAGGCAGAGGGAAAGGAUGACAUCGAAUUGGAUAUUACAUGGCAAAAACAGGUUCCAAAAUGGCAUCGAUUGCAAGAGCUUAUUCUUGUACUUUCUGGGAGUCUUCGAGAGAUAGUUGAUAGGUGGUCUGAAGGGAAAGGUCCACUGGCUGCUGCGUUUUCUAUAACUGAAGUUAAAGGUCUUAUCCGAGCAUUAUUUCAAAAUACUGAACACAGAGCACAAGCUAUCUCAAAAAUAAGUGUUAGAUGAACAUGGUUAAUAAAUAUCUAUCUUUUGAGUUCCAAGUUGGUGCUAAUAUUUAAUUCUGCACGUUAUUGUAAAUUAUUUUGUACAAAUUAUCACAGGAGCAAGGGUUUUUGGUGUUUGAAAUCCAUGGUAUAAUGCAAGGUUAUUCCUAAUCUUUUCUGACAACGCCAAGGAGGUUCAUAAAGUUUGUAAAUCCUUGAAAUUUGAGCCUAGAAUUGCUUAAAUUUUUUGACAAUUGCUAUUUUUUUAAUUUCAUUUCCGGCCUGUUAACAGAAUUCCUAUGUUAUUUUCUGAUAGUUUGAACCCUUAGGUGGCAAAAAUAAAUAUAAAUCUAUUUGCCAUAA